CACAGUUCCCCUCCCCUCCCCAAAAGCAGUUGUGAAUCGGAAAGGGGAGUGUGUUUGUGUGUGUGAAAGCAGGAGGUUAUAAAUUGUUAUAAAUAGCUAUGCAAUAUAAGUUCAGGACAUGUUCUGGCAAACCGGCUGGGAAGUUAAAUUGAAGAAGUAACCCACCCGGUCCCAUGACUUCGGGAUUUAUUAGGUCAGGAGGAUAGACGCUUUGGUGGCAGAAGGAAACCCUGGAUCGGAGUGACAACAGCGAUCUUGUUUUAAAGCCCGAGGCGUUAGAGAUCUGUUUUCACAGGCUUGGAAAAGCCCGCUGAGGUCUCCGUGAUACGUAUUUUUGAAGGAAUUUCGGAAGAAGAGUCACAUAAGAGGUCAAAGUAACGUCUUGCAACCGGGCGAAGAAGCAUGUGGUGUAAUCAGCGUUGCGGUUUGCUGACCGUAGCCCUCAUCGGGGCAGUGCUGGCCAUCCUUGGAGGAGUUUUGAUCCCGGUUGGAAAUCACUUUGUUGAGAAGACAAUAAAAAAGGAAUCGGUCAUUGAAAAGGGAACAGUUGCCUAUCAGAACUGGGUUGUUCCAGGAAGUCCCAUCUACCGACAGUUUUGGUUGUUUGAUGUCCAAAACCCAGAGGAUGUGAUGAUGAAUGGUUCAAAUCCAAUCCUUAAGGAGAAAGGUCCUUACACUUACAGGAUGCGCUACAAGGCCAAAGAAAACAUCUCCGAAUAUUUUGACCACACCCUCUCAUACCUCCAGCCAAAUAUCAUCCGUUUUGAACCCGAUAUGUCAGUCGGCUCGGAAAACGACACGGUCACCACCGUCAAUCUUGCUGUUGUGGCUGCACCAGCUUUGUUUAAAACUGGACUUAUUCAAGCCUUGAUGGAUAUCUGGAUGAAAGCAUCAAAAUCCAAUUUCCUCCAGACGAGGACUGUGAAAGAACUACUUUGGGGCUAUGAAGAUCCCUUCUUGAAGAAAAUCCCAAUGGUUAAAGUUAAGACAGUCGUGGGAGUGUUCUACCCUUACAAUGAAACAUUGGAUGGCCCUUACCAAAUUUACAGUGGGAAAGGUGAUUUAAACAAGAAAGGAAUUAUCGUCACUUUUAAUAAUAGCAGGACCGUUCCACACUGGAAAAGCUAUUGUGGUAUGGUGAAUGGCACGGAUGGGGCUUCGUUCCACCCUUUUAUGAACAAGAGUGAAGAGCUGCGUUUCUUUUCGUCCGAUAUUUGCAGGUCGAUGUCCGCAAACUUUGAAAGCGAGCAGACGGUGAAAGACAUCUUACUUUAUCGCUUCGUUAUCCCUCCAUCGGCCUUCGCGUCGCCCGUUAUCAAUCCCGACAAUAAUUGCUUCUGCACCGAUAUCGAGAUAAGCGAGAACUGUACAUUAGGUGGAGUUCUGGAUAUUAAGUCCUGCAAAGGAGGUAAGCCAGUCUACAUCUCACUGCCCCAUUUCCUGCAUGCGAGUAAGGAAUUUUUUCACUUUGUUGAGGGAUUGAAGCCAGAUGCGGAAGAACACAAAACCUUUCUGGAUAUAGAACCAACCACAGGAUUUACCUUGCACUUUGCCAAAAGGCUGCAGAUUAAUAUAUUGGUGAAACCGAACUUAAAAAUCACAGCACUAAAAAAAGUUAAACAUCACUUUAUCUUUCCUAUUUUGUGGCUGAAUGAGUCGGCUAUUAUCAGUGAUGAGAAAGCAGAUGUUUUCCGAUCCAAAGUGACCAACAAGAUCAAACUGCUGCACUUCCUUCAGCUGGCGCUAAUGAUCGUCGGAUCUGUGAUCUUCUUGGGAUUCCUAAUUGCUUUUUUCCUAUGCAAAGGGAAGAGCCCUAAAUAACCUGCAGGACGAUGCUGCUGGGGAAGCAUCCCUAUCUUCCAAUUUCAAGCGGAGAGUAGACCUUCCUUCCUGGGGUUGUUGGUUGUGCUCUGUGUAUGUAAAUAUCCUGGGGAAGACGCCUGCCGUACAAGCGGUGACAGAUAAGUCAUUUUUCCAACCAGAACUCCGCGGACAUUCAAGUGCUCUGUUUCCCUUCUAUCGGAAAGACUGGCACAAAACCUGAACUUCUGGGUCCCUCUGAAGAGAAUCCCAUUUUUGCCCCCUUCAGAAUGAAAUUCCACUUCGGAUUUGAAUUUGUUCUCCCACUUCUGCAGCUCGGCUGCCGUUUCCUCUGAGUUUCUGCACUUUUGGGAGCCGAAGAACGGGAACCGAAGCUACGCAGCUGAGCGGCUGGGCUGGGAAAGAAUUAUUAUUAUUUUUUCUUUGCCUCCCACCCCUCUGAAGAAAAAUAGACCUAGUUGUGUUUCUCUUCAAAAGCUGUGACUUUUGCUUUGUUUUGAAGGAGAGGGAGAAAGACCAACAAAUGUAGAAUAUUAAUUGCUAGUAAAGGACUUACCAAAAAAGUGUGUUUGG